AUGUUCGCCAGUCAGGUCCGAUAUAUUUCCAGAUCUCUACGCUUGCACGCCAUCAAAGUGCCCGAUAACGCGCCUACACUCGAGGAAAAUGCUGCUUGGCUCAGAAAAUUAGGCAGGGCCUCGGGGACACUAAAAUCCGCAGGCCCCAUAGAAUUGCCUAAGUCAACUUACGAGAUACGACAAGCUUCGGAGCUCGAGUCCGAAAAAAACCCAGAAUACAUUAACCUAAGGCUUCCUGGGGGCAAACACGUCAAGGUGGUGAAAAAAGCAGACCCACAUAGCGAGCCAGGAACCUCGUUUUUCACGCUCUCUGUGCCCGCGUCCGACUACUUCGUGGCGUCGUCGCCGUUCUCGAGACUGCCAUCCAACAAACGUCCCAAGGCCUACUCUUCGCAGGCCUUUUCAGACUUGAAGGUCGUUAAGGUGAGGUCGGGAAAGGGUGGAAAUGGAGCGGUUUCGUUUUUCCGAGACACAGGCAUUGCCGUGGGGCCGCCUGACGGAGGCGAUGGUGGAGAUGGCGGCAACGUCUAUGUGUCCGCUGUCGAGGGGUUGAGUUCUUUGCAUAGCAUCAAGGCCAAUUAUGUUGCAGGAGACGGUGGAAAUGGCCAAAGUGGUCAGCUGGAUGGGAAACGGGGCGAAAACGUGCAUAUACAGGUCCCUAGAGCGAUCAGGUGUUCCAUGUGA